GUAGUGCGCCGGUUAGAACCCGUUUCUGGUUGUGUGUAACGGAUUCUCUUUGAAAACUUGAUAUCACGGCUUUAGCUCCAGUAUUAUACAUAUUUCCUUCGAGUUCUCGCUCAGUUAAACAGUCAGUGCAGUGAGAGGGUGAAAAUACUGAGAAAAAUAUCAACCUUGAGCACAAGAGACAUUUUUGGAGGGAAUAGUUGAGAUGGCUGACGUAGCUGAGAAUGCACCUAUCACGGAUCCUGCCAUGGCUAUUUCUCAAGGCAAACGUCACCUCCUGGUGCGCGACUACGGGAUGGCUGUAGCUGUCCUAGCCGAGGCGCUGGAGAUCCUCACUCAGAAGCACGGCGAUCUGGCGGACGAGCUUGGUGAACCAUACUUGCUUUAUGGACGUGCACUUUUGGGAUUGGCACGUGAGGAGGCUGGUGUCCUGGGCGAUGGUAUUGCUGGGUCCGAGGAUGCCGAGGAAGAGGAGGAUGCUGAGGAGGAAGAUGGGGAUGAAGAGAAACAGAAUAACGCUGAUGAGAAGGAUGAGGUGGAAGAUGAGUCUGCUAUUGUGAAUUCUAAUGCCGAGGAGAAGGAGGAUAAAACAGAGUCCAAGGAUGAAAAGGACACCUUGCAGGGGAAGACCGAGGUGGUGAAAGAUGCUGAAACAGGAGAGACCGUUGCUGCUAAGAGUGCAGAAUCUAAGGACGAGAGUAAACCGGAAGAAGCUAAUAAAACUGAUGACAGUAAGAUCGCUGAACGGAAGGCAGAGGACAAAAGUAAGGAUCAGCCAGGACAGUCCAAUGAGAAUAAAGUAGUAGCCAAUGGCGAAUCGUCCAAGACGAAUGGCGAUGUUGCUGAAGCCAAUGGGGACGAUGAAGAAGAUUUGAGUAAGGACGAGAACAACGAAGCGAAUAAUCUCCAAAUAGCCUGGGAAGUAUUGGAACUGGCUAAACUGAUAUUACUAAAACGUGGUCCGACGGGAUGGAAAGGCUUGGCCGAGGCUUAUAGACUUCUUGGAGAAAUAGCUAUGGAGGAUGGCAAUCACGAAAGAGCCUUGGUAGAUCUUCAGGGCUGUUUAGAUCUUCUUGGAAAGAUUGAACCCUGCGAGCCUCGUGCCAUCGCCGAGAUACAUUACCAGCUUGGACUAGCACACUCAUUGGCCAAUGACUUUGACGCCAGUAUAGAACAGUUCAAAGAAGCCACCACGUUACUAGAGUCGCGUAUAAAGCAACUCGAGGAGACCACCGACGCCCCUAAAAGCGAUAACCCUUUCUAUACGAUCGAGGGUGAGAUAAAGGAGCUCAAGGAACUCCUGCCGGAAAUUCAAGAAAAAAUUGCAGACAUGAAGGACUUCAAGGAGGAAGCUUGUAAGGUCGUUUUAGAGGGUAUCAAGAACCAGGUAGCUCGCGAGUGCAGAAAUGGAGCAGGUACCAGCGGAAAUGAUGGUGCGAGUUCAUCAGCUUCCGGUAGUUCACCGAAAAUUAUAAAACCAGCCAGUGACAUAUCGCAUUUGGUGCGCAAGAAACGCAAGGCUGAUGAAACGGAAACGGAAGCAGCGUCACCAUUGAAGAAACCGACGCCUGAGAAAAUUGCCUAAAAGAAAUAGGAAUUAAACGUGAAAUAACAACAAUGUGAAUUGUGUAAUCGAACAAUUCUGACUGUAAUGGCGUACUUGAACGCAUCUCGUGUCUGGCGGCGCUGCAUCUGAUAUACGAGUUUAAUACAAGAAAACAAAUUUUAUUUCGUAUUUUUUAAUCGUAAAGUCACGAGAUAAAACGUCUAGCAUUUGUCGUAUAAAAACACAAGACUGACAUCCAAAAUUUAAUAUUUUACUUUGUCUUUGCUUUUAACUUGUAUCAUUACGUUCUGUCCGAAUGAUUUCUUUUCUUUCUUAUUUUCUUAUUUCUUCGAUAUUAAUCGCGCGUAAUACUCCUUGCCAGCGGUUGCACAAGUUUUUGUUUUCCUACAAUUUCAAAAUUUUUUUAUUUAUUGUCUAUUGAAGACUCCUAGUGGUAAACGCGCUCGAGAUCAUUACUAGUAUCAUUACGGAGACUCAUGAACUCAUUGUUUUUGGAUAUACAAACCUUCGUAAGAUGGCUGAGAAGUGAAUGAAGAAAAACCAGAGCCGUGAUUCAUACGUACAUAAGAAUAAGUAAUAGUUAAUAAAAGUUGAAUGAUGUUUUUCUAAAA